GGCUAGAGAGGCAGGCUUUGGGGUUGCCAGGGAGCCGCCGGAACCCGACUUCCGUUCCUGGCAGCGGAGGCACGAGGAUCCGGUGUUUCAACCCAGCGGGAAAAUGCGGCCUUUAACUGAGGAGGAGACCCGUGUAAUGUUUGAGAAGAUAGCCAAAUACAUCGGGGAGAAUCUUCAGCUGCUGGUCGACAGGCCCGAUGGCACCUACUGUUUCAGGCUGCACAACGACCGGGUGUACUACGUGAGUGAGAAGAUUUUGAAACUGGCCGCCAGUAUCUCCGGGGACAAGCUAGUGUCGCUGGGGACCUGCUUUGGAAAAUUCACUAAGACCCACAAGUUCCGUUUGCACAUUACAGCUCUGGAUUACCUUGCACCCUAUGCCAAGUAUAAAGUAUGGAUAAAGCCUGGAGCAGAGCAGUCCUUCCUCUAUGGAAACCAUGUGUUGAAAUCUGGUCUGGGUCGAAUUACUGAAAACACUUGUCAGUACCAGGGAGUGGUGGUAUACUCCAUGGCAGACAUCCCUUUGGGUUUUGGGGUAGCAGCAAAGUCUACACAAGACUGCAGAAAAGUAGACCCCAUGGCGAUUGUGGUAUUUCAUCAAGCAGACAUUGGGGAAUAUGUACGGCAUGAAGAGACAUUGACUUAAAAUGAAGUCAUCGCAAGAACUUAACAUCUGUGUGGAAGGGCCUAGCUUUGUUUCCUGUGUCUAUGCAGACGCCGCCAUCAUGUUGAAUUUUGUCAGCACUGUGACCUCUACAGGGACUUCUUAGUUUAAUAUUCUCAUUAUCACUGACAGGUGCAGGCUGAUUCUUACUAUACAGAAGUGACUCAAAAGUGGGGUUUUAGAUCAUUUGUAUUUGUAACUAAAUAGAAUACUUUUAUAUUUGAAUCAGGGGGCUUCUUGUUCUGAGUAAUAGCUUCUAAAUUAUUGGAACUGAGGACAAGAAUAUAGUAUUAUUGUUAUCUGUGAUAACGCUGUUUUCCGGACUCAUGGUAAGAACACAAUGGAUUUUCUUUGUUAUUUAUUAAUUCACAAAAGAUAUUGCUAUAUAAUAGUUGACCAUGUCUGAGGUUUUAGGUAUGAAUUUGGCUAAAAUAAUAAGUGCAAUUUAGUCAGCUGCUUUUCUAUACAGUAAGUGCUAUAUGGUAUGGAAGAAAAACUUGGAUUCAAAUCCUACUUCUGCCACUUGUCAGCUAUACAGCUAUGAAUAAGUUGUUGAGCUUCCGUAAGCUUCAUUUCCUUCUGUUAAAAAAAAAAAACCUACUUUAGCCAUCAGUCUAAGAAUGUUUUUUAGGAUUAGGAAUCAUGAUUAUAAAGCAUAAGGCACAGUGCAUGGCAAAUAAUGGGGGUUGGAGAAAAUGGUAGAGGAGUUAUUUUUAUAUUAUAUAUUUCUUUUAAUAAGUAAGCAUGUGGUCUUAUGAGUAUAAUUUGAUUAUAUUUUUACUUUUUUUCUUUUUUAUCUUCUUUUUCUUGGAUGGGAUGAUCCCAGUUUAUAAUUUUGUUCAUUUCUUUGAUUUUAUGAAACAUUUGUCUUAUCAGCCUGACUAGACUGGACAAAAAAGCACUAAUUACAAACCCUGAAAUAAUUUAGCUCCUUCAUCCUCAUACUUCCCCAAAAUCUCUUGUAGAAUUAAAAUAUUUUAUAAAGGAGAACAUUUCAGAGCCAGAAGUUUUAAAAACCACGUAUACUGUAAAACAAAACAAUUUCUUAAAUGAAUAUAAAACUUUUAAUUCCAAAGGAAACAUCUCUAAAAAUAAAAUACUUUAAACUACAAAAAGCACUCUACCAACUCCUGUUAAUAUCUGCAAGCAAAUUUGCUUUUGUCCCGUUGUUUUCUAUUCUUCUCCCUUCCAGGGUUUUCUGUUAACCUCUAAGUAGAAUCACUGAAGGCUAAUGGACUGUUUUAUGAUGAAAAGUUUUUUAGUCUUGGCAUUUAAUUCAUAUUUUAGAAAUAGUUAAACUCUGAACAUUUGCACUUUUAUUAUUUUAUUGCCAUUUUGCUUUUGUUGAUAAGGGUAAUAGAUUAAAAUAUUAAAUUGAUUUUUUUCCCCCCAAUAAUUUUAUAAAGGUGAUUUGACUAAAGUUUUGAAAAAGCUGCUGCCCCAGUAAAAAAAAAAAGCCAGGAUGCUGUAGUCAGCUUAGCAUUUUGGCUUCUUUGUGUCAGUAGUUGUUGGAACACUGAAGAGACGCUUCAAGAAAUAGAGCUGCAAAAUCCCAGAAAGAACAAUAACAAGGCUCUGAACUGCUGACCACCAGUUCACAUAGGUGUAGUUUGACUGGACAAGGAAAAAGUCAGCCAUUUUCCUCAUUCGUGCCAAGGUGUAGAAUCGCCACAUGUGGAAGACAUUGUUGUGCACCUUUCGUGUACUCUCCUAUAGGAGGAAAAAAUAAAGAAAGGGAUCCAUUCCCCACCUAUCCUCAUGAGUGCUCAGCAGCACUAACCUAUCUUAAAGUCAAGUAAUUUCCUUAUGAUUUUAAAAUAUAGUAUUUAUUUGGCUAUGCUGGGGCUCAAACCAGCACAUUCUAGGCAAACGCUACUGCUAAGCUAAAACUCCAGCUCUAUAAAACUAUUAUGGUUGAUAAAUGCUAAUUUUGAAACUGGGUGUGGUGGCACAUUCUUGUAAUCCCAGUCACUUGGGAGGUUGGGACUAGAGAAUCAAUGAUCACAAGUUUAAAUUAAAGGCAACCAAGUGAGACCCUGACUCAAAAAGGGAGGGCGGUGCAGGGUAAGAUUAUGACUCCAGUAGAGUGGCCCUAGGUUCAAUUCCUAGUACCAAAAAGAAAGUUUUGCUGUAUAUGAAAAGUGGACUAUACAACAGUGUGGUAGAGUGCCUUUAUUUUUUUAUUAUUAUUAUUAUUUUUUAAUAUUGUGGGAACUGGGGGUGUGGGUUGGUGGUAUAGUGCUUGCCUGGCAUGCGCAAGGACCUAGGUUCAAUCCCCAACACACAUACACACACAAACAAAUAUUGUGCAGUGCUGGGGUUAAAACCCAGGGCCUUAUAUGUAGUAGACAAAUGCUCUGCCACUGAGCUACACCCCAACCAAAAAAAUUUUUUUUUGUUUUGUUUUUUCAAUGAUGAAACGGCUUCAGUGCUUUAAGUAGAAAGCUCUUUCCAGAAGAUCUCUAGAUUUAAGCAUGUAUUAAGCCUUUCAUUACACUUUUGGUAAUUUCUUCUGCCUGCAGACUCUGAGGGACAGACAGUAAAUAUUUUGGGUUUUACUGACCAUCUCAUCUCUUACAACUACAAAUUCUGCCACUGCAGCACAAAAGCAGUCCAUAGAUACUUGUAUUUGUCAAAUAAGCAUGACUUCAAAUAAAACAUCCAUUUACAAUAGUGUUCAGUCCCCAGUACCACAAAAAUAAAUAAAAAUAAAACUUUCACUUACAAAACUAAGCUUUUGUGCACCAAGGAGACUAUCAGGAAAGAAAAACUGGGCACUGUGGCACAUGCCUAUAAUCCUGACUACUUGAAAGGCUGAGGUGGGAGGAUCACAAGUUUGUGGCCAGCCUGAGCAGCUUAGCUUAGUGAGCCCUGUCUCAAAAUUUAAGAAAGGGCUGGGUUGCAACUCAGUGGUAGGUCACAAGACUAGUGUGCACAAGACCCUGGAUUCAGUCUCCAGAACAACAAGGAAAACAAAGAAUGAAAAUGAAAAUCCCACAGAAUGGGAGAAAAUAUCUGCAAAUCAUGUAUCUGAUAUGGACUCCUGUCCAGGUUAUGUAAGUAAAACAACUCUACAAUACAAACACAACAAGCUGGGCAUAGUGGCACAUGCCUAUUAUUCCAGUGACUUAGGAAGCUUGACAAAGGAGGAUCUCAAGUUUGAGGCCAGCCUUGCCAAUUUAGCAAGAUCUUAUUUCAAAAUAAAAGGGACGUGGAGGUGUGACUUAGUGAUAGAAUGCACCUAGGUUCAAUCCCCAGUACCACAAAAAAUAAAAAGAAUUACUGGCAGGAGUGGAGGUGCUGGAAUUGUGAAUACUUGGCAAGUUUUCUACAACUGAAUCAAACCCCCCAACUCAAAAAUCCAAUUUUAACAUGGGCAAAGGAAGCUGAGCAUGGUAGUGCACACCUGUAAUUCCAGCAGCUCAGGAGGCUUAGGCAGGAGGAUCAAGUUCAAACCCAGCCUCAGCAAUUUAGCAAGGUCCCAAACAACUCGAUGAGAUCCUGUUUCUAAUAAAAUAUAAUAAAGGGAAUCCCUGGUACCAAAAAUAAAUAAAUAAGAGCAAAGUAUUUUUAAAGAAGAUAUGUAGCCAAGUAUGUGUAAUCCCAGCAACUCAGGAAGCUGAAAAAAGUGGAUCACAAAUUCAAAGUCAGCCUAGGCAAUUUAAUGAAACCCUGUCAAAGUCAGGCCCAGUAGUGCACUCUUGCACUCCCAGCGAUUUGGGAGACUGAGGCAGUAGGGUCACAAUUUUAAGGCCUGCCUUGGUAACUUAGUCCCUAAGCAACUUGGCAAGAACCUCUCAAAACAUAAGAAGGCUGGGGAUAUACCUCAGUGGUAAAGCAUUUCUGGAUUCAAUCCCUAAUACCAAACAUACACAUGGUCAAUAAACGCUUGAAAAUAUAUGUAACAUUAAUUAUUAGAGAAGGUAACUCAAACCACAAGAUACCACUUCAUACCUACAGUAUGACUAUAAAAUAAGUGUCAGGAUGUGUCAAAAUCACUUUCAUACACAGCUAGUGGGAACAUUUCGGUUACAAUCUAACCCAACAGUUCUACUUUUAGGUAGACAAGGUAGAAACAAUGCUUGGAGGCACAUAUUCAUGGCAACGUUGUGGUAGCCAAAGGGUGGAAACAACUCAACUGCUAAGUGGAUAAUGAAAUGUAUGUUCACACAAGAGAAUAUUAUUCAGCCAUAAAAAGGAAUAAAGUGCUAAUAUGUGCCACAUGGAUAAACCUUGAAAACAUGAUGAGUGGAAGAAACCAAUCACAAAGGGUCCCAUGUAUGAUUCCAUGUAUGUGAAAUUUACAGGAUAGGGUAAAUCUAUAGAAACAAUGGAAUAGUGGUUGCCAGAGCUGAGGAGAUUAUGGGGGAAUGGAGAGUGACUAACGGGUACAAUUUCUUUGGGGGGUGAUGAAAUUAUUCUGGAUUAGAUGCUAGAGAUGGUUGUACAAUCUUGUGAAUAUACUAAAAUCUAGUGAAAUGUAUAUGGAUUAUCUCUCAGUUUGUGUGUGUAUAUACAUACAUACAGGUAGUAGGCCCUAUUUGGUUUGUGAGUCUUAGUUUGGAAGCCCGUGGAAUAAAUUAGACUGGGGUUGUGGCUCAGUGGUGGAGCACUUGCCUCGCAUGUGUGAGAAACUGGGUUCAAUCCUCAGCACCACAUAAAAAUAAAUAAAUAAAAUAAGGGUAUUGUGUCCAUCUACAACUAAAAAAAUAUAUUUUUAAAAAGAGUCCAGGGGCUGGGGAUGUGGCUCAAGCGGUAGCGCGCUCGCCUGGCAUGCGUUCGGCCCAGGGUUCGAUCCUCAGCACCACAUACAAACAAAGAUGUUGUGUCUGCCGAGAACUAAAAAAGAAAUAUUUAAAAAAAUUCAUUCUCUCUCUCUCUCUCUCUCUCUCUCUCUCUCUCUCUCU